UAAUUUCGUUUAGGCGAAACUUCAAACACUUUCUGCUUUUUCUUCAAUGGCUCUCCCUCAGCUAAUUCCUUCCCACUCUUCUUCGCUCACUCACCAACCUUCCAUAAACCCUCACGCAGCCAACCCAUACCCCAUUUUCAAGCCCUUUUCGAAAUCAUCUUCUCUUUCUCAAUCGCGCAGGUUUCACAGGCUCAACACUCUCCGUUGCUCGGCUUCCUCUUUCCCCGAGAAUCACCACACCGAGCACCCAAAAUCAGACGACGUGGUAGAGCUCCCCAUAUUUCCUCUCCCUUUGGUUCUCUUCCCCGGCGCCAUCCUCCCUCUCCAGAUCUUCGAGUUCCGUUACCGCAUUACGAUGCACACGCUCCUCCACACCGACCUCCGCUUCGGCGUCAUUUACUCCGACUCCGUCACUGGUACCGCAGACGUCGGAUGCGUCGGCGAGAUCGUCAAACACGAACGCCUCGUCGACGACCGCUUCUUCCUCAUAUGUAAAGGCCAGGAACGGUUCCGUAUCACCAACGUCGUCCGAACGAAGCCGUAUCUCGUUGCGGAAGUCAAUUGGCUCGAAGACCGACCUUCCGGCUCGGAAGAUUUGGACGGAUUGGCCAACGAAGUGGAGAGUUACAUGAAAGACGUGAUUCGGUUAUCAAAUCGACUUAAAGGGAAACAGGAGAAGGAAACGCUGGAUUUGAGGAGGAAUCUAUUUCCGACUCCGUUCUCGUUUUUUGUUGGUAGUACAUUCGAAGGAGCGCCCAGAGAGCAACAGGCUUUACUGGAGCUGGAAGAUACAGCGAUCCGGUUAAAAAGAGAGAAGGAAACUUUAAGGAAUACCCUUAAUUACUUGUCCGCCGCUUCUGCUGUGAAACAUGUGUUUCCCUCUUCAUGAUGAGGAUUUAAUCAAAAAUUUGAAGCUCAAACUUCAGUGAAUAUAUACAUAUUUGGAUUCGUAAUUCGUUAUAUACGAACUGUAAAUUAUGGAUUGGAAUCUCUGCUUGUUUUU